UACAUCAAUUUGUUCUGUCACUGUGAUGAGUCCUCUGGUUGAUUAGCAGUGCUGCCAAUUAUUUUUAUGGGAAGAAUCUGCUUCUAGUGCCUGUCUCUAUGUUGCACACAAAAGAAAAAGCAACCGUUCCCAUGCUUUCUGCAAGCUUCUUACAGGGAGCUCUGCAUGUUCCACAGAGCAGCUGCAAACCCGUAUCGGUGCAGAUUUACAGCUUUGUCUUUACAGGGCUUGAAACUAAGAAUGUGUGAAAAGGGUCCUGAUUAGAUGUUGUAUUUUGCAGCAUCUGACAAAGACAAUAGAUGGAUAUUCCUGGUUUUUAGAGACUUGCUUGUGAUUAGACAUUUCUUCAGUUCCAAAGCUUGCCUGUUCAGCAUUUUGUGAUCCAGAGGGUGUUCAAGACACAUCUUGCAGUAUGCCUGCAUUGAUUUAAAACCAGCAAGCAGAUGCAAGCCUGCAUCAAGACGGAGUGGAUGUUGCUUCUUGUGGUUAAUUAUGAAGGUACAGCUUUAUGUUUCUGAAAGCACUUGACUAGAUGGAUGAUUUUGUCUAAGCAGUAGAUAUUAUUGCAAAGGAAGAUUUGAAAAUCAAGUUGUCUGCUCUCUUGCUUGCUUAACCAAGUUCAGUGCUUAUAUGUUGACUUGUACACCAGGGACACCAUACUGUUCUCCUCUACCUGCACUAUCUACCACUGCUGCUCCUACUACUUUCAGUCAUCUUUUGAGUCCAGAUUUGAAGACUCGUUUAGCAGCAUUUGGGACUAAAAUCUCCAGCUAUUCAGUGUCCUAUAGUCCUGUUCUCAGAGUCUGAGAAGGUUUGAGUACUCUCUAAGAUUUGGACUGUGAAUAAAGAUUUAUUGCAGGAGCCAUGCAAGUUUCCAUAGCUUGUACAGAACAUAACUUGAAGAAUCGAAAUGGUGAAGACAGGCUUAUCAGCAAACAGAACACCACUACCCCAAACGUAGUGAAUGCAGCCCGGGCAAAAUUCCGGACGGUGGCUAUUAUUGCUCGCAGUUUGGGGACAUUUACCCCUCAGCACCAUAUCUCUUUAAAAGAAUCAACUGCAAAGCAGACUGGCAUGAAAUAUAGAAAUCUUGGGAAAUCUGGACUAAGAGUUUCAUGCCUGGGCCUUGGGACAUGGGUCACAUUUGGAGGUCAAAUUUCAGAUGACGUUGCUGAACAGCUAAUGACAAUCGCUUAUGAGAGUGGAGUAAAUCUUUUUGAUACAGCGGAGGUGUACGCAGCUGGAAAGGCUGAGCUGAUUCUGGGAAGCAUAAUCAAAAAGAAGGGCUGGAGGAGGUCCAGUCUGGUCAUAACAACAAAACUCUACUGGGGUGGAAAAGCUGAAACAGAAAGGGGGCUUUCAAGAAAACACAUCAUUGAAGGAUUAAAGGCUUCUCUCCAGAGACUGCAGCUCGAGUAUGUGGAUGUUGUCUUUGCAAAUCGACCAGACAAUAAUACCCCCAUGGAAGAAAUUGUCCGAGCAAUGACACAUGUGAUAAACCAGGGGAUGGCAAUGUACUGGGGAACCUCACGCUGGAGUGCUAUGGAGAUCAUGGAAGCCUAUUCUGUAGCAAGACAGUUUAAUAUGAUUCCACCAGUAUGUGAACAGGCUGAAUAUCAUCUUUUCCAGAGAGAGAAAGUGGAGGUUCAACUGCCAGAAUUAUACCACAAAAUAGGAGUUGGAGCAAUGACAUGGUCUCCACUUGCCUGCGGGAUCAUCUCCGGGAAAUAUGGAAAUGGGGUUCCUGAAAGCUCCAGGGCUUCACUGAAGUGCUACCAGUGGCUAAAGGAAAAAAUUGUAAGUGAAGAAGGAAGAAAACAGCAAAUAAAGCUGAAAGACCUUUCCCCAAUUGCAGAUCGUCUUGGAUGCACACUACCUCAGCUAGCAGUUGCAUGGUGCCUGCGAAAUGAAGGUGUGAGUUCUGUUCUUCUAGGAUCUUCCAAUCCACAGCAACUGAUAGAAAAUCUUGGAGCCAUUCAGGUUCUUCCCAAGAUGACAUCACACAUUGUAAGUGAAAUAGAUAAUAUUCUAGGGAAUAAGCCCAUCAGCAAGAAGGACUACAGAUCAUAAUGCAAUGCAUGGUUACACAGGACUGCAUGGUUAAAAUAGUGCUCUGUAUAUAGUACGGUACUGACUUACUAUCCAGUCAUUAGACUCAUGCAGCAGCUUGCUGCUCAGUCUCUAUUGUUACUGGAUUUUUCAAGGUGUGUGCUGUUGCCACCAAUCUGCAGUAAAAUUCAAAAGCACAGUUGAUCUCUUACAACUGAGAAUAUUCUUUGUAUAUUCUUAUCUCUGACUAAAGUCAUUGACUCUUACUUUUCUCUUCGCACCUCAUGCUUAUGCAGUGAAAUACACAUAUCAAGCAAAAAAAAAAACCCAACCACCACAAAAACUAUUUAUAUCCUUUAGGUACUUGGUAAUUAAAGAAGGAUGUACAGAUAUAUUUUUUCAAUGAACAAAAACAAAACUUACAGUUUUAGUAAAAAUGCAUUCUAAGAAAUUUCAACUAUAAAAAUUCUUCAGCUAGAUCAUAGAAUGAGUGAGUUCAAAAUUUUCAAAUGCAAUUUUUAUAUAGGCUUUAGGCUGUAGCUGAAAAAGGACCUUACAGUAAAAAGUCAGAAAAUUAAUUACUACAUGGUUCUGCUUCUAAAUAGUCCAGUUAAGAAUUCUGCAUAUUGAGUAUGCUCAGCUGUUCAUUAUAUAUAUAAUUCACAGUUGGUGUAAAAUAUCAGAAAACCAGAUAUUUGUUUCGGUGAAAAGGUUACAUUUGCUCUGACUGUAUUCUGGAAAUCAGCCAUAAGUAGUAUUUUUAAACAAUGAGUUUUGUGAAAGUGUUUAAUCCUUACACAGGAAACACUGGUACAUUUAUCAGUUAUUCUGCCCAUUUUAAGAACAGCUUCAUAAAUAUAGUAACCUCACUUUGCUUUGUAAAAUGCAUUUACUGUUACUGAAGUAAGUGUAUUUCACACAUGUAUUGCAUACGUAUACACUUCCUAAAGAGUACGGUUAUGUACAGUACAUAUAAGACCCUUGUAUACCAUUUUUCCUAACUUCAUAACACAGGAGAGUUGCACACAUUUUUCAGAUGACAACAACAGACCAUAGAUACUGAUAUUUUUAAAGUUAAAAUGUUUUUCUUCCAUUUCAUCCCAUGAUCUAUGGUAUGUGUAAAUGAACUUAGCUGCUGUAUAUUAGAACCGCAAUCUAUCUUCUGCUUGUACACAAUAAAAGCAUUUUGUGCAUCUAA